AUGGGAGAGCAGGUUGUGUUUGAUUGCGGUUUGCUAUCAGUGCCAAAUGGUGUUGUAGAUGUUUCUCUGGGCACAAUUAUCGGAUCUGUAGCUAUGAUAGAAUGUAACAAUGGCUACGAUAUAAAUGGUUCAUCUAAAGCCACUUGUAUUGACAAUGGAGUAUAUGCCGGUUGGAACUACUCGGUUAUCUGUGAACAGCAAUUCUGUGACGAUCCUACACCGAUUAACGGACGUGUCUCAAGCACUGAUGGUUCGAGUAACUACGUGUAUGACAAUUAUGCGGAAAUAGAAUGCAAUAUGGGGUACACAAUAAACGGAGAUAGUCUCAUCACUUGUGAAGAUGGAGGUGUAUGGAGCGAUAAUUCAACAUGUUAUCAUCGUGAAUCGCCUAUAGGAUCGUGA